AUGCGCAUGAGUGUCGACGAGACGAUGCAAGCGCUCGACGUGUCGUCGGUGGACCAAGGCCUUGACACACAGUCGAUCGAUGCGCUCCAAGAAAAGUAUGGAAUGAACGAGCUGGAGGCCAAUGAUCCUGAGCCUCUGUGGCUCCGCUGGAUCUACCAGUUCAAGGAGCCCAUGAACGCACUGCUGGUCGGUAGUGCCGUCGUAAGUGUGCUCGUGGGCCAGACCGACGACGCUGUGUGCAUCACGCUUGCACUCGCAAUUGUCAUUACCGUCGGUAUUGCGCAGGAAUACCGCUCCGAAAAGAGUCUGGAGGCGCUCAACAACCUUGUACCCCCGAAGUGCCGCGUCAUUCGCAGCGCACGUACGCACACGCUCGAAGCGCGUGAGCUUGUGCCGGGCGACGUCGUGUGCCUUAGCUCGGGCGAUCGGGUCCCGGCCGAUGUGCGCAUCGUGAAGUCGCAGGACUUUGAGGUGAAUGAAAGUGCGCUGACGGGCGAGACGAGCGCCGUGCGCAAAUCGGCGGACGACACGGACCAGGAGCCGACGAACCUCGCUUACAUGGGCACACUCGUGGAAAAGGGCUCAGCGACUGGCAUCGUCUAUGGCACGGGUAUUCGCACUGAAUUCGGGAAUAUUUUCGGCAUGGUCGACAGUGUGGAUGAGAAGCAGACGCCUCUCCAGAUCAGCAUGUCGGGCCUGGCUCAGCGGCUCAGUGUGUUUAGUCUCGGCCUGAUUUCCCUCUUGCUGCUGGUGGGUCUUGUGCAGCAAAAGUCGUGGAUUGAAAUGUUUACGAUUGCUGUGUCUCUGGCCGUUGCUGCGAUCCCAGAGGGCCUGCCGAUCGUCGUCACCGUCACACUCGCUCUUGGCGCUCUCGAAAUGUCCCAUCGAAAAGCCAUCGUCAAGCGGCUUCCGAGCGUCGAGACGCUGGGCUGCAUGUCCGUCAUCUGCUCCGACAAGACCGGUACUCUGACGACGGGUCACAUGCGUGUCAUCCAGCUCUUCACCGUGCCGGACGGCAUCGUCGAAGUCGGAAAGGACGCGCGCCGACAUGAGCUGUCGCCUGCCAUGACACGCAACCUCUACGCUGGCUUCUUCUGCAACAAUGCGACGAUGAACGAGCAAGGCCAGCUGGUCGGCCAGGCGACCGAGGUCGCCAUGGCGCAGGCGCCCGAGUCGCUUGGUCUGUCCCUCUCGCACAAGGACUGGACCCGCACGAACGAGGUGCCGUUUGACUCGGAGCGCAAGUUUAUGGCAGUCACAGGCCACGGUGACGCCGACAAGACGCCUGGCGAGGCACAGCUUAUGAAAGGGGCUCCUGAGGCGGUGCUGAAGCACUGCACAACAUACAUGGCCCAGAGGCCCUCGCAGCUGACCGAUCAGGUGCGCUCUGACAUCCAAGACACAAUCUCGAAGCUCACGCAGCGCGGCCUGCGUGUCUUGGCGACGGCUGUGUCAACACAGGGACGCCACUACACAUUCUGUGGCUUGCAAGCCAUGCAGGAUCCACCGCGUGAGCAGGUCCACGACGCGAUCAAGACCCUCCAACGCGGCAGAAUCCAUGUGAUCAUGAUCACGGGCGAUGCUGAGACGACCGCCCGUGCUAUUGCACAACAGCUAGGCCUUGCCUCGUCGCCCAACGUCAUGACAGGCUCCGACAUUGAGUCGCUGUCAGAGCGCCAGCUUCGCGAGCGGGUGCGGAAUGUGUCGGUGUUUGCGCGAACGAAGCCCGAGCACAAACUGCGCAUUGUGUCCGCCUUGCAGGCCAAUAACGAGGUCGUCGGCAUGACGGGCGAUGGCGUCAACGAUGCACCGGCACUCAAGCUCGCUGACGUCGGCAUAUCGAUGGGGUCCGGAACAGAUGUGACGAAGGAGGCCGCGGAUGUCAUUCUUGUCAACGACAACUUCGCCACGAUCAUGGGUGCUGUGCGUGAAGGCAAGAGUAUUUUCUACAACAUCCAGAACUUCGUCACGUUCCAGCUCAGCACGAGUGCUGCGGCGCUUAUGCUCAUUUCUCUCAGCACCAUCCUGCAGCUGCGCUUUCCCCUCAAUGCGAUGCAAAUCCUAUUUAUCAACAUCCUCAUGGAUGGCCCGCCUAGUCAGAGUCUCGGUGUCGAUCCCGCACACGAGCGUGUGAUGCAACGGCCCCCGCGUGCCAAGGAUGCGCCUGUGCUGACAUCUCGCCUGUUCUUGCGCAUUGCCUUUUCGGCUGCUGUGAUGAUCAUUCUCACUUACGUCGUUUUCCUUACCGGCUACACGCCCACGGCUCUCGAGAGCAGUCUCGAUAAACACGAAUCGACUGUCACAUUCACAUGCUUCGUCAUGCUAGCCCUUGUCUGUGCAAUCCAGAGCCGUGGCCUCUACACAGGCCUCUUUGAUAAUCAUAUGCUCUUAUGGACGACGGGUCUCAGCUUUGGCAUGCAACUCUUGAUUAUAUACGUGCCAAUCCUCCAAUCCAUCUUCCUCACAGAGGCCCUGGGCUUGAACGAUUUUUCAUAUCUCAUCAGCAUUGCGAUCGUUGGCUAUGGUUUGCAGGAAUGUCGUCGUAUCUACGAGCGCUACCUGGAGGACAAGUCGCAGGACUUGGGUGCCUAA